UCUUCAAGUUGACACGGAAGACAGCGCGAUUGUUCCUUUGUAAAAGAACAAUGACGUAACUUGAACGAAUACAAUAAGGUGACGUCACAGAUUCACGAUCAAAUAUGGCUGUUGCUCCGUCUUUUGUAACGAAACGAAUCAGUGAGAGACUUUCACCUUCAAAGGCAUUACAGGAUGCGAAAGAAAAGUUAGGUCCAGUCUAUUUUGAUGCCAAGUUAGUGGAAUGUCCCCAGAAUGCAGUGGAAUUGGCAAAACUUUUAAACAAUUUGGACGAGCUCGAUAAACAACGUUUGAAGAUCAUAGAAGAGGGUAGGAAAAGUCAAAGAAUCCUUCUUCAUACAUUAAGCUCUAGGUACACUUUUUCAAAAUCUUCUCCAUCACUGUCGGCCAAUCAGAGCAUUCGUGAUGUCAAGCUUCCACCGCCUGGAUUCCGUUAUCAUGCUAACGGAGACCCCAAACUUUCGUUAUUACAGAGUCCAACGGGGUCCUUGCACAUACGGGGUACGGAUACAAGUUCACAGAAUCUUCCAGAGCAAGAAGACGUCCUGCUGAAGCAGACGUUCAUAGCAUCGGACAGUAACCUACACAAGAUGCAGUUCGCAGAAAAAUCCCCCAAUACUUCGGACGAUGCUAUCGGAUUUGAGGAAGAAAUUCACGAGAUCGAAAACAUCAUUCGAGAACUUGAAGAGGAUAUGAAGAAAAGUAAAAUUAACGUUAACAGCGUCGGUUCGGCUAGAGAAAAGGCGAUGUCUUUUCUCAGGGCCCAUUCUCAAGGAGAAGAGGCCUUAGCUAAAACUAUAUCCGAACCGUUAACCUAUUCACAGCCAAACGACAGGUUUCCUUUUCAGCCAGGGGCCUCUACAUUUACCUCCAAAAAGAGUUCUCCGACUAUAAAAGAGAGGCCUAAAUCUACGUCUCAUUCCAGUUGUGUGGCGUGCCAAUAUAAACUAAAGCAUUCUAGCGAAGAUUUUAAGCGAUUAAGUGACACUAUGGAUAAAAUCAAAAUCAUAAGAUGGAACAUUGCUCCACAAGGCACCUUAGUGAAAUCUCCGUCUUCUAAGCUAUCUGUGGUUCCUUCUAUUCUCCAUUCCAGCAACUCUAGCAAAUCCAAGUCUUCGUUUUCGAGCAACCGGGUAACGUUCAACUUGGACGCGGUCACGAAACCCAAAUUUCAAGAUCGGCCUCGGCCUAAGUCCUCGGUAGAAACAGAAUUCUUACACAAUCGAGCGUCUGGCACUAGGUCUACUCAGAGUUCCAUGUCGUCACGAGGGAGAUCGGUAUCCUCGUUGUUAGAUAACCGUUCCGUGAUCGAAGCAUGGAAGGAAAUAACGGAAGAAGAAACACAACAGUGUAAUGUUAGAGUCCAAAAGUUCCUGGAAUCUCUGCAGAAAACUCCAUUGUGAACAGAAUUAAGUCAAAAUUGAAACAGAUGAGGAUUACAGUUGUGUAUAUCUCUUUUAGUGUUGACGAUAAUUAUGAGAGAGAGAGAGAGAGAGAGA